CGACGCGCGGCCUGUCGCAAAUAUAGAAAAACGAAUAGGUAAGUGCACAUGUUGUUUUUCAAAGAUAUUUUGAUGAAUUGUAAUUGUCAUUCAUUCAUUAAAAAUGCUUAAGCGGAGUGCACAAAGAAUGGGGGCGAGGACAUGAGGAAAUGGCCUACAUAAGAAUACCAUUUUAAGAUAAAGAAAAACUGAUCAUGAAUGAGGACGGAAACUCGGUACAACUACGUCAGGUUAAACUGGUCGUGGAAAACGACAGCUCCGAUUCCAACUACCACAGCCAGCCCGGAAGUACUCAGACCAUGGUCCCGGAACCGGAUAUGAAGUUUGGAAAAGACAAUCCCGCAUUUGUUCCGGAUACCGAUGCUGUAGAAAAACGAGAAAACGGUAAGGUGAAGAAAGAUCUCGUUGAAGAAGACGACUUUGAGUCUUCAGAUGAAGAACAUGAAGACGACUCCCAUAAAUACGGCAAUGCGUGGUCACGUGGUAUCAAGCGACUACAAACCGGAAUAUUUGGUGCCUUCAAAAAAUACAAUGAAAUGGUCUGGACCUGCAUAUAUGUGUGUCUCUUGACUCUGUUCAUGGCUUACUUCAUCGCCUCUAUGCUGUAUCGUUUUGGGGACGAAGGCUCGAUUCGGCUCCUUGUUAUGACAAUAUUGCUUGCAAUGUUUAUUACAUACUUUGCGAUGCAUUCCUUUUUUGGCGACAGGAUAACGUUUUAUUAUUACUGGAGCAUGAUUGACCGAGACACGCGCGACAAGAUAGCUCGAUGGUUCCACAUCAUCUGUUGCAUCCUGUUAGCCCUUGGAGCGUUCAUCUACGUCAUCAUAGAGAUAGCACUAAAAACCCCAAGUAACCUCAUCUCUCUGUCUGGGAUGGUGUUCUUUAUUCUGUUAUUUUACAUCUUCUCCUACAAUCCCGCCAGGGUGAAUUGGCGGCCCGUGUUCUGGGGUCUGGCCCUACAGUUCUACUUCGCCUUGGCCAUCCUCCGCUGGGACCCGGGGUACCGCGCCUUCCGGUGGCUGGGGGACAGAGUCUCCGAGUUCCUUGCCUAUACGGACGAGGGGUCAAAGUUCGUGUUCGGGCCUGGGUACGAAGAGCAUUUUUUUGCUUUCAAGGUUCUAACCGUCAUCGUGUUCUUCAGCUCCUUCAUCUCUGUGCUGUACUACCUCGGUGUCAUGCAGUUCCUGAUCCGUAACAUCGCGCGGUUCAUGGCCGCCGUGAUGGGAACGUCACCAGCGGAGUCACUGAACGCCGCCGGAAAUAUCUUCAUUGGUCAGAGUGAGGCGCCUCUUUUGAUCCGCCCCUUCAUUUCUAAGAUGACGAGAUCAGAACUUCACGCCAUCUGUACAGGCGGGUUCGCAACCAUUGCCGGAAGUGUCAUGGCAGCAUACAUAUUAUACAAGGUCCCCGCUAACCAUCUGUUGUCUGCUUCUGUUAUGUCCGCCCCGGCCGCUCUGGCGAUGUCAAAACUAUUUUACCCUGAGACCCGGAAGUCGAGGACCGGAAAAGAAGUGUACAAUCUGGCAUCCGGCCAAGAAAGAAAUAUCAUCGAGGCGGCCUCCAAAGGGGCUUCCCAGUCAAUAUCACUUAUCGCCAACAUUGCUGUUAACCUCAUUGCCUUCAUCGCUCUCAUCGAGUUCCUAAACCAGACCCUAAUCUGGUUCGGAAACCGAAUCGGUCUGGAAAAACCGGGCGAGGAACUUUCAUUCCAGUUUCUCUGUUCGUACGUGUUUUAUCCCGUGGCUUUUCUGAUGGGGGUAGCAGAGGAGGACUGCUUUGAGGUGGCCAAGCUGAUUGGAGACAAAACGUUCAUCAACGAGUUCUACGCAUACACCCGGCUGUCCGUAUACAUCAAAAACAGAGAAAACCUCACGUGGUAUGAGUUGCUCCCAACACAGAAUUCAUCAUUUACGGGAGACUGGCAUUUUUCAGGGAACGAUAUUAUGUAUGAUGAUUUUAACCAUACCUUAGUCGGUGGAGUCCUUCAGGACCGAUCAGUUGUGAUAUCCACCUAUGCCCUGUGUGGUUUCUCCAACAUCAGCUCCAUAGGGAUCAUGCUGGGAGCUUUAGGCGCAAUGGCGCCACGCCGCCAAACGGCGCUCGCACAGGUUGUCGUCAGAGCAAUGAUUGCUGGGAAUGUUGCUUGUUUCAUGACGGCCUGUAUUGCUGGACUUCUAUACGAAUCCAAAUAGAGACUGCCAAAAGCCUGUACAAUGCGUGCAUGUAGAGACUGUCAAAGGCUGCUUAAGCAUGUACCACUCAUGUUAAUUGAAAUUUUAAGACUUUCCGGAAGAGUUUGAAAAAAAAAAUCAUAUGUAGUGUCCUCAUUUAUACGAAAUGAAGUCACUUUCCAACGAUUUAAGUAUCGACAAGACAUCAUCGACUGUCAUUUCUUUGAUGUAACCAAGGGCAUAUUAUUGAAUUUGAACAAUGAAUUCAUUUACUUGUACAUGUAGGCAUAUUACUAACUCUUAUAUAGAGAUGUCAUUUAAAUCAUUGAUGUUUUUUCCGCUUGUUUGAAAGGACCGAGAAGUUUCGAUUGGCCAUAAUUUUUCAGGAAAAAUCAUUUUAAUGACGAUGGAAAGAGGGAGAGGAGUAACGAAUAGACUUUUUACAACCACAUGUACCUCUCCCCUAUCUUUAUUUCAUUGUCAAUGUACUUGUAAAAAUAUUGAUAGUCCCGUCAAACAAAAUCAUGUCGUUAUAUUUUUUCUUUUAUUUGUGUAUUCGGAACGUAGAUAGGUCUGUGUAGUUCAGGGCAUCAUAUUUCGUUUGAGUAUAAUUAUUUAUACUUUUUUUUUAUUUCUGUAUUUGCAGUUUUUUUUUUAUCGAAAGUAUACAAAUUACAUUGUUUAUUUUUAAAUAUUUUUCAUAGAACGGUUUUUAAUUCGGUGCUUAGCUUGGAUAUGGUUAAUUUUUUUUAAGAUCGACAGAUAUCUUGAUUUUGUACUAACUUUUGACAGAACGUAAAAUGACUUGUGAAAAAUGUGUUUUUUUUAAUCAAACAUUGAAAACAAAGUUACGCAAUUACGAUUAGUUUUUAUGAAUUUUUUUAUAUGCAAUAAAUUGUGUUUCAUUGUUAAAUUUGAUGAAUUGAAGAGUUUAUAUUAGUUAUUUUUAGUUGCAUGUACUGUAUAUGUACUGUACAUGUAUAUUUUUUAUAUUAUACCUACAAAGAACAUGUAAAAUGAAUAUAUUUUUUUAAAUUUUAUGAAAUAAAGAUAAUAAAAACA